AUGGCCGUCCAGGAACCCAUCACACCAACUUCCCCAGCCUCGAUAGAGCCAUCGCACCCCAAGACAGGUUCAGUCCACCUUCUACUAGAAACGAGCAACUCGAGCCACUCAUCCGCGAUACUCAAACCCACCUACACGAAAAAGAGCCCUACCGCACAACUCCUCGAAACCCGCUCCCUCUCCAUCCUCCGCGCCUUCAACGCCCGCGACGUCGCCGCCCCAUACAGCCUACACUCCACGCCCGACUUCCACUUCCUCCACGAGGAUAACCGCGGGCACUGCACCCGCCUCAACAAACAGCAAGCCAUGCACUGGAUGCGCCACACGAUCCUCAAGAAUAUCGAACACUUCGCGGAGGUCCUGGGGAGCGCGGUGGAGGUCGAUGAAAAGACGGGGCUGGGGGUUGUGUGGAUUGGGAUGAGGAUCCAUGAUCGUCCUGAUGGAUUUAUGCCGGGGAGGGAGAAAGUGACGGUUUUUUAUUGGAGAAAUUGCCGCGGGUACGGUGGGGAGAGUAGGUGGAUGUGGUGGAAGCAGGUCUGUUUGAGUGCGAGGAUGCCGUUUCCGCGAUGA